UUCGUUCUCCCAGAAGUCCAGCACCCAUCGCAGCCGAGCCGAACCGUGCAGCGGAGCAGGAGGAGAGCAUACUCAUACCCCGCCGUUACUCCUCGCCGUCCCUCUUCCCCGGCAAUAAAUACAGCCCCGCACCAACCCCCGCCAGAUCCAAACCCCGCGACAACGCGAGGAAGGGGGGAAAAUCACCACGUCACCACGCACGUUUACUCCCCUCCGCCCCACCCACGCGGUGGCCUCGGUUCGAUCGAGUAUUCGAGCUCGAUCCACCACCGCUACGCGCACGCUCCGCCAAUGCCAUUCCGCCGCUCCCUCGCCACUAGGGACUCGCCACCUCCUCCGCCGCCGCCGCCGCCGCCGGCAGCACGGCCGCGAUGUCCCUCCUCACCUCGCUCUCCAACCUCGGCCUCGGCUACUCCAUCGCCAUCGCGCUCGGCUUCCUCGUCCUGCUCGCCUCCCUCCUACUCGCGUCCUACUUCUGCUGCCGCCAUCGCGGCGGCGGGGACUACUGGGCGGGGCACCCCUCGGGGUCCGUCACCUCGGCAUCCAGCUCGGGUCACCUCUCCAUCACCGUCCCGCGCGUGGUCUUCGUCGCGGAGGGAUCCGAGUCCCCGGACGCUGCUUUCUCGUCGUUCGCCGCCGCGGCCUCGUCUCCUUUGGGGCUCGACCCGACCGCCAUUGCGUCCUAUCCCAAGGUCCCAUUCUCCAGCAGGGCCGCGGGCGCCGACGCCGACGCCAUGUGCUCCAUCUGCCUCAGCGAGUACAGGGACGGCGAGAUGCUGCGCGUGAUGCCCGAGUGCAGGCACAGGUUCCACGUCGCGUGCCUCCACGCCUGGCUGCGGCGGAGCGCGUCGUGCCCCGUCUGCAGGUCCUCGCCCAUCCCGACGCCCGUCGCGACGCCGCUCUCGGAGCUCGUCCCGCUCUCGCAGUACGCCGCCGACCGGAGGCGCAGCAGGUGACGGAUGGGCAUUGCCACAUUGGUGCAACUCGGUGCUUUUCACCACUACUGCUCCUUUUUACUAUCGUUUUACGUUCAAGGAUGUAAAGUUACGGUGCGUUUGGUUUGAGGAGCCAAUUAAUCCUAGAUGAAAUGAUACAUCAUGAGAUCAUCCCAUGAAUUUUGGUGGGAUGACUCAUACCUCAUGUUUAUACUAAACAUGUGCUUACGAGGGAUGGGGUGGUGAUGGAUCAACCCAUUUCAUUCUUUAAACCAAACAAGAAAAUGAGGAGUGGGAUGAUCCAUCACCACCCCACUCCUCAAACCAAACACACCUUGAGUAGGAUAUCUAAAGAAUUGUUUGGUUGGCGAUCACGAUCACUUUGAGUAAAUAUUGUAAUGUAGAGGUAGAUGAUGGAGUAAGGGAUAGUGUAAAUACGUCGUUGCU